AUGUUUUCACCUUGGCAACGAAGCAACCGGACAAGUACAGAUGAUCAGCCUACAACUAGAGUUUCCAACACUUUUGAUCUGACUGGUUUAUCCGAUUCUCAAGAUAUGCAAAUCAUCCGGAGAAGUACAGAUCCUACUCGUGGAAGUGGUUCUCGAGACCAAAGCACGAACAUGGCACUUGUCCGACGACGAAAUCACCCUGCAGAGGAUGAUCGGAUUUAUACAGACACUUCUAGUCCCCUGAUCCGUUUUCCCACUACAGAUGGAACUCGAAAUAGCCAAAGACAGCGACCCCGUCGCCGUCGUCGGGGCGCUGAACAAUCGAUUGGUGGCAAUUACGGCCCACCACAUCGAGCUACGGAGGAUUAUCAUCGUCCUUCCAGACAGGCUGGAAAUCCUUAUGAGGGUAGAAGUAUACCAUUUUCCAAUGGACCCAGACGUAUGCCCAACAGCAGGCCAACCGGAGGCUUCGCACCAGGAUUUCUUGACGACCCUCGAGAUGGAUUCGACGAUCUCUACGAGGAUCUAUCAAUGUAUGAUCCUACCUUUGAAGACGAUCGUUACUAUGAUUCGGACGACGGAUCGGACUACUUUCGCGGAGAUCACCUGGGUUUCUUACGCGUGCCCACCGUCAGGAGCACUCUCAGUAUCAUGUCGGGACGGUUCCCUGCUGGACCCUGCCCGAGAUGUGGUCGGUAUCAUUAG